AUGCCAUUAGGUGCGGGUCCUGUCGUCAUCGAUGACAUGAACUUUCCGAAGGAUGUGCAGGACGAAGCCAAUAUGUAUUUCGAGCAGGUUCUGGCAUGUGUCGUAAAAAACCUGUUUGAAGAAUAUCGAUUUUUCCAUGAAUAUCCAGAACGUGAAUUACGAACCACUGCCGAGAUUUAUGGUGGUAUUAUUAGAGAAGGAAUAAUCAGUAAUUUGCAUUUCGCAACGGCAGUACGAAAAGUGAUUGAAUCUCUGCAGUCAGAAGUUGGUAGUAUGUUGUGGACGUUUGGUAUAGUCUCACUGACAGCAUGUCGAUCAAAGCUGUGUUCCUAUCCUAAGGUCUGCUCAAUGAUUGCACAACAUGAAAAUUUCUCGAAGUUUCCACAAGGACUCAAAGAAUAUGUGUUAGCUGGAUUGAAAGGAGAGCUACCUGGGCAAAGUAUGGCCCCACCACCGAUGGAUUCUAGUGGACGAGCAACACCACCCCUCAGUUGGACACCAGCACAACGAUCAUCGAGCACGGAAAGUGCCAAAGCAACGUCAAGCAGCACUAGUGUUGGAAGUACAAAUAGAACUCUAUUCAGUGCCACAUGUGCUUGGAUACGUUCCAUAUUGAAAGUGUUAGCAGAACUACAUAAUGAACCAGAUUUGAAGAUCAAUUUGAAAUUCGAAAUUGAGGCAACGUCAAGCAGCACUAGUGUUGGAAGUACAAAUAGAACUGGUAAUUCGGUGUUGUCAUAUACGAAUGUGGACACACUGGUUUCGGCGACGGAAAAGGAAGGUGCAGAGGUUGCGCAGCCGGACAUUUCGGUCGUUGAUAAAGUACUCUUCUUAUUCAACAAUCUCUCUCAGAGUAAUUUAACAACCAAAAAGGAUGAGGUGUUGGCGCUAAUUGAUGAGCACGGUGAACCGUUUAUUCGAUGGUUUGCUCAAUAUGUGGUCAUGAAGCGGGUAUCGAUCGAACAAAACUUCCUGCCCUUGUAUAAUCAAUUUGUACAAGCGAUAAACCAUCCACUCCUGGACGCGCACAUCAAGCGAGAAACGUUCAGAAAUAUUAGGAUUUUGUUACGAUCUGACAAGCGACAAGCUGCUUCGAACUACAGUGACCGACAGUUGUUGAAGAAUUUGGGAAUGUGGCUGGGUUCUAUCACAAUAGCCCGGAAUAAGCCUAUUCUGAUUCAUGUAAGUAACUUGGUCUGUGCAUUCAACAGUGCUCAUGUUUACCGCGUUAUUCACCCGCUUGCGUUCGUCCCGCCCCAUAAUGUCUCAGUGUUGGCGCUAAUUGAUGAGCACGGUGAACCGUUUAUUCGAUGGUUUGCUCAAUAUGUGGUCAUGAAGCGGGUAUCGAUCGAACAAAACUUCCUGCCCUUGUAUAAUCAAUUUGUACAAGCGAUAAACCAUCCACUCCUGGACGCGCACAUCAAGCGAGAAACGUUCAGAAAUAUUAGGAUUUUGUUACGAUCUGACAAGCGACAAGCUGCUUCGAACUACAGUGACCGACAGUUGUUGAAGAAUUUGGGAAUGUGGCUGGGUUCUAUCACGAUAGCCCGGAAUAAGCCUAUUCUGAUUCAUGAAUUAGAUCUGAAAGCACUGCUUAUGGAAGCAUACUAUAAAGGACAACAAGAACUGCUAUUUGUCGUUCCAUUCAUUGCGAAAAUCCUGUUCUCGUGUGGUAAAACGCAGCUAUUCAGUGCCACAUGUGCUUGGAUACGUUCCAUAUUGAAAGUGUUAGCAGAACUACAUAAUGAACCAGAUUUGAAGAUCAAUUUGAAAUUCGAAAUUGAGGUGUUGUGUAAAGAGCUAUCAGUGGAUUUGGAAUCAUUACCAAUCGAAGGCUUGCUGAAAGACACUGAUCGCCUUGUGAGAGUGACGCAGCAACUAUCAGACCUGAAAACCCUCUCACAGCCCGAUCAAGCUAAUAGCAGUCCUGUCCCGGGGCAAAUGCGACUUGCCCCGGAUGCAGUGUCGGCUCCCGGAGCGGACACGAAGCCUUCGACCCCGAAUCCUGAAUCGGAAGGCUCGUCAGCAAUUGUUGACGGCACGGCCAGUGCUGUGAUCGUACCACCGCUUCAUUUUGCUUACCAUGAUAUCAACGUGACAUCAUAUGAGGGACUUAUUCCUCAUAUCAAGUUCCAGCUGUCACUACCGUUGUUCCAGCUCCACCCACAAAUGAAGCAUCAUGUUCGACCUGCACUCACUCAGGCCAUCAAGGAACUCAUCGGUUGGAUUUUUCGAACAAUUUUUAGCGAGACUAUUCCCAUUGUACUGAACAAAGCCGUUAUAGGGCCAGUGGCUGAGAGAGCACUGAAGAUUGCGAUGAUUGUCACCGAAACUCUGGUUCGCAAAGACUUUGCUUUGGAUCCCGAUGAGAACAACUUGAAGAAGGCAGCAUUUCACAUGAUGCGUGCUAUGACAGCUGGUAUGGCGAUGAUCACCUGCCGUGAUCCUUUGGCUGGCACAAUGGCGUCCUUGCUGCAGCAGUCGUUCACCAAUUCUCUUCGAACAUCAAAUUCUGAACUGGUUAGUCCUAAUCAAUACUGUGGUUGA